AUGAAAAACAAUGCAGAUGUUGAUAUAGAUGAGUCUUUGUACUCGAGGCAGCUGUAUGUGGUUGGAAAGGAAGCGAUGAAAAAAAUGAUGGGAAGCAAGGUUCUUGUGAUGGGGCUGGACGGCCUUGGGCAAGAGGUUGUGAAGAAUGUGUGCCUUGCGGGGAUAAGCAAGGUAGCACUUUUUGACGACAGGGCGGUAUCUGAGGAGGAUUUGUGCAGCGGAUUCUAUCUUCGAAAGGAAGACAUAGGGAAGCCCAGAGAUGCCAGUGUGGUGGGUAGGUUCCGGUCGAUGAAUGAGUAUGUUGAUGUUGAUGUUGUCAGCGAUGUAAAUAGCUUUGAAGGAUAUGAUAUUGUUGUUGCAUGCAACGAAAGCUAUGGAGAGCAGAUAAGGCUGAACGAGAUGGCAAGGAAGGACGGGUGUAUGUUCAUCGGAUGCCAGGUCAGGGGCCUGUUUUCACAGGUGUUCUGUGACUUUGGAGCGGAAUUUGUCUGUGUGGACAGGACUGGCGAGAUACCUGCGAGUGGGAUGAUCAACGACAUAAGCGAGGAUGGCGUGAUGACUGUUGUUGAUGGACAGAGGCACAAUCUCGAAGACUACGACAUAAUCAAGAUAACCCAGUGCGACGAGUACGAGGGGAAGUACUUCCGGGUCAAAGCUGUGUCUCCGACCCAGGUGAUGCUGCAGAGUAUCGAUGGAGUCAGGAUGUUUGAGGAGGAGAUGGAGUUCAAGGCAGAAAAGUUCAAGCCCGUUUAUGGAGGAGACUUUGAGCAGCAGAAAAAGCCCAUCAUGAUAUCCUUCAAGCCUCUUGGAAGAACGAUUGAUGAACCUGGGAUUCUUGGAUUCAACCAUGAGGUCGAGGAGAGGAGUCUUGUUAUUCACAAGUGCUUUGUUGCGCUUGGAGAAUACAUGGAGCAGAGCGGGCAGGAGUUGAGUGGAGAGGGGUUUCUGUCGUUUUUUGUCAAAAAGUACAAAAGCCACUUUGAGUUUGAGGCUCUGAUACGGUCCUUUGGAAAGCAGUGUGGGGGAAUGCUUAUGCCGAUGUGCUCUGUGAUUGGUGGAUUUGUGGCCCAAGAGGUUUUGAAGGGAGUGGGAAGCAAGUUCACGCCCCUGCACCAGUUCUUCUACUUUGAUGCUGUGGAUGUGAUCCCCAAUGACCCUGAGGACGAUGGGAGGGACUAUGGGCGGUACGGACCGAUGGUAAGAUGCCUCGGCAAGAGAUGUGUUGAAAGGCUCUUUGGGCUGCAUGUUUUCAUGGUCGGAGCCGGGGCGAUUGGGUGCGAGCACCUGAAGAACAUGGUCAUGUGCGGGAUUGGGAGCAAUGGAAGGAUAAGCGUCACCGACAUGGAUGCUAUUGAGCAGUCUAAUCUGAACAGGCAGUUCUUGUUCAGGUCUGGGGAUGUGUCGAGCAUGAAGGCAGAGAUUGCGGUCCGGGAGGCCAUGCUACUAAACGAGGACUUCCUGAAGGUUCCUAGAAGAGCUGAUUCGGAGGAGCCUGAAAGAGGAGUCUCGGAGAUGACGAAUGGGAUAUCGUGCAUCGGCUCCGCGCAGCCGAAUCUCAUCUACUACAACCUGAAGGCUGGGAAGGAAACAGAGACAGUGUUCAGCGACAGGUUUUUCCAGUCUGUUGAUGUUGUGGCAACUGCAUUGGACAACGUGGAUGCAAGAGUGUAUGUUGAUGGAAGGUGUGUUGUGAAUAGGAAGUUCAUGGUCGACGCAGGAACAUCAGGGACAAAGGGGAAUGUACAGGUUGUUGUACCGUUCCACACCGAAAGCUACGGGUCGAGCCAGGAUCCCCCGGAAAAGUCCAUUCCCCUGUGCACAAUCAAAAACUUCCCAUAUGCUAUAGAGCAUACGAUCGAGUGGGCAAGAAGUGAGUUUGAAUUCAAGUUCCAUGACGAGAUACUCCUUAUAAAAGAGUAUCUGAGUAGAGAGAAGGAGGGCACCUCUGAGGAAGAAAGAGAAGAAGAGCCCAGCAACGAAGCUAUGGAAGAUGUUGUCGACAAAAUACCUACUAAUGGCAAGGAGUGCAUUCGAAACGGAAUCUUGCUUUUUGUCAAGCUGUUCCACACGUCGAUCAAGAACCUCAUAACGGCAUUUCCUCCAGACUCAAAGACAAAGGAGGGCCAGCCGUUCUGGAUGCCUCCAAAGAGACCUCCUAUGACGGUCAGCUUCGACGUUAACAACGACCUCCAUAUCCUGUUUGUCCAGAGCGCUGCAAACAUAUUCAGCCUCAACUUUGGAAUCAAACAGCAGAUAUCGAAGGAGAUGGUUGUUGAGUUUGUGAAGAAUGAGAUCCUGGUGGAGGAGCUUUCAAGCGCAGCAGACAACACCUGCGUGGAGGAAUCGCCAAGGCCAUGCAUAGAUCCUUCUGCAAUAGUGCCCUGCAUCUUUGAGAAGGACGACGACACAAACUUUCAUGUGGACUUCUUGUAUGCAGCAGCCAACCUGAGGGCAAUAAACUACAAGAUAAAGCAGGCAGACAGGCUCACUGUGAAGGGAAUUGCAGGAAGAAUAAUCCCAGCCAUAGCAACGACAACAGCCGUUGUUUCUGGGCUGGCAGUUCUGGAGAUGAUAAAGUAUGCCCUGGGAGUGGAUUACACAAAGCACAAAAACUCGUUCCUCAACCUGGCUCUUCCUUUCUUUGCUAGCACAGACCCUGUGGAGCCUGUAAAGCACUCUUACAAGAUCGAGAACAAGAAGUACACAUUCACACUGUGGAACAGGCUGGAAUACAAGGACUCCAAACUGGGAACAAUCCUCAAAGCCUUUGAGAUCCAGUUCAAAAGGAAGAUAUCGAUGGUGACGGCAGGAAACUCUCUGAUCUACUGGGACUUCGACUCGAAGUAUGCAGACAACCUGGAGAAGACCGUUGGAGAAUUGGUCAACAGAAGGCCAGACGAGAUGUUCGUUGUGCUGGACGUGAUAACAGAUGACGACGAGGGCGAGUUCCCUAGAAUAGUGGUCGUCUUUGAAUAA